GGUAAUUAAAGAAGUUGGUCGUACGGUCUCCCUGUCUCUCUCCUAAUAAAAAAAACAGGCGGGAAGAAAGUUGCGUCGGGCAGCAGCAGAACGCACACAAGUCCAGAGAGAGAGAGAGAGAGAGAGAGAGAGCGUUACACACUAUACUCCUACUGGUAAUAUUAUAUACAUGUAUACAUAUGCACGUUAUGUUCACGAUAGUAUGUCUCUAUGUAUUUGACGACAACAAUUUGAGCAGAGGGCCCGAGCUCUGCUAACCCUCGGAUUUUUUAGAGAGAGAGAGAGAGAGAGAGAGAGAGAGAGAGAGAAUAUGGGGAGUACGUACAGGAUAUGCGUGUGCUUCACUCGGAGAUUCAGGAUCGCGGAGGCGGAGCCGCCGGCGGACGUCAAGGAGGCGUUCAAGGCCUACUCGGAGGGCGCGGCACAAAUGACGGCGGAGCAUCUGCGGCGGUUCCUGGUGGAGGUCCAGGGGGAGGCCGGAGCCACGGUCGCCGACGCCGACCGCAUACUGGAGCAGAUCCUCCGGAAACGACACCACAUCGCCAAGUUCACCAGACGCACUCUCACUCUCGAGGAUUUCCACCAGUUCCUCUUCUCUCCCGAUCUCAACCCCCCAAUCGGCUCUCAGGUUCACCAUGACAUGAGCGCUCCAUUGUCCCAUUACUUUAUCUACACAGGACACAAUUCUUAUUUGACCGGGAACCAGCUCAGCAGUGCUUGCAGUGAUGUUCCAGUCAUAAAGGCAUUGAAAAGAGGUGUAAGGGUGAUAGAGCUUGAUAUAUGGCCCAAUUCCACAAAAGAUGAUGUGCAUGUUCUUCAUGGAAGGACCCUGACAACUCCUGUGCAACUCAUAACAUGUUUGAAAUCGAUCAAAGAGCAUGCUUUUUCUGCUUCUCCAUAUCCUGUGAUAAUAACCCUGGAAGACCAUCUCACACCUGAUCUUCAAUCCAAAGUAGCUCAGAUGCUCACACAAACAUUUGGAAAGAUGUUGUUUCACCCUGAAUCGGAGCUGACAGAAUUCCCUUCGCCAGAGGACUUGAAGUAUCGCAUUUUAGUUUCAACAAAACCUCCAAAAGAGUACCUGGAAGCUCAAAGUUUCAAGGUAAGUAAUUCACAAAAGGAAAAGGAUUCUGAUGAAGAUCUCUGGGGAAAGGAACUAUCAAACCUAACAGCUGAUCAAGAACAUGAUAAGAGUGACAAUGAUAAGAGUGACCACAAUCUGGAUGAUGGAGAUAAUGACGACUGUGAUAAAAGUUUACAUGCAUCUGAACCACCUGUAUACAAGCGACUAAUUGCUAUUCAUGCUGGAAAACCUAAAGGGGGCUUAAAGGAGGCUCUGAAAAUUGAAAUCGAUAAACCCAGACGCCUUAGUUUGAGCGAACAAGCGCUUGAAAAGGCUGCUGAAGCACAUGGAGUGGAUGUUGUAAGGUUCACGCAGAAGAAUAUUCUGAGAGUGUACCCUAAAGGUACUCGGUUCAACUCCUCCAAUUAUAAGCCUCAAAUCGGUUGGAUGCAUGGAGCUCAAAUGGUUGCAUUUAAUAUGCAGGGAUAUGGUAGAGCUCUGUGGUUGAUGCAAGGAAUGUUUAGAUCAAAUGGGGAGUGUGGUUUCGUGAAGAAGCCUGAUUUUUUGAUGGAAAGGGAACCAAAUAAUGAGGUGUUUAAUCCUAAAGUAGAGUUGCCAGUGAAGAAAACGUUAAAGGUGAAAGUCUACAUGGGUGAUGGGUGGCACUUGGAUUUUAAACAAACUCACUUUGAUUUGUACUCACCACCCGAUUUCUACACUAGGGUUGGCAUUGCUGGAGUCCCUGCUGAUGAGGUAAUGAAGAAAACAAAGAAAAAAGAGGACAAUUGGACACCUGUUUGGAACGAAGAGUUCACAUUCCCGUUAACUGUUCCUGAACUGGCAAUACUUCGGAUUGAAGUACAUGAAUAUGAUAUGUCUGAGAAGGAUGAUUUUGCUGGCCAAACUUGUUUGCCUGUCUCCGAAUUGAGGGAAGGGAUCCGCGCAGUCCCCCUUUGUGACCACAAGGGAGAGAAGUAUAACUCUGUGAGGCUUCUCAUGCGCUUUGAAUUUGUUUGAGCUUGUAUGCAUUAAUCUUAUAGUUGUGUGUCAUAGUGUUCUAUUUUCCAAAAUAAUCAUCGUUGUCAGUUUAUUUUGUUUGGCUUUCAGAGCUGCUGUUACCAAUUGUAGCGAAGUCCUGUGCCUAUACCUUCCACUAGGAUUUUGUAUAUAGCCUGUUUUGCAAAAGGUUGGAGCUGUGCUCUUUUUUCAGUUCACUGCCCAGCAUAAUCGUAAGGAAGAAAAAUACAAAUCCCUUGAGCUUAGGGUAUUCAAAUUUGUUUGAAGUUGUCA